AUGAUUUGUAAACAGCAUUCGAUAAACAAAGAUGGAUUGAAUCAUAUUGACAAAAUGAACGAUUGGAUUUAUUAUCGAUGGUUUACAUAUUUAUUAAUUUACACUGUUAUUGUUCCAUCAUGUCAAACCAAUAAACUUUACAAUACAACAUUAAAUCAACCUCUAGGCUGUCAUUCACUACUUACGAGUAGUGUAUUACAACAUCAUAUAGAACAAUUAUUAACUCAUUAUGGUAAAGAUAGUGUAUACAAAAUUGGUAAUCCAAUAAAAUUUGGUACUGCUGAAUUUUUCGAAGUAAGAAUUAAUGGUUUAUCUGCUGUACAGUUUGCUGGACCAGUUGAUAUUAUUGAUCUACCAUCAGGAAAUAUACGAAUGAUAUUUACGUUAUUAUUUGACUAUCUUGUAAUAAAUGGAAAAAUGAAAAUGAUCGUGUUUGCUACGAAUCCUCGGCCAGUAGAAAUCAAAAUUAAAUCGAUUAAAAUAUUUUUGGAUUUACUUCUUACACAACCAAUGCACAAUGAUGUAUUAUUACCGAUUAGUGUGAAAAAAGUGACUGUUAUCCAUUGGAAUAAUCUUCGAUUUGAUAGUAAAGGAGUUUUUACAGUAUUUUUCAAAAUGUUCAAUCAAUUUCGUCUAUAUGACAGUAUCAUUAAACGUUCGAUUGAAAAAGAAAUUUAUCAACAAAUUGAAACAUCAUUAAAAUCAUUUUUUAAUGAUUAA